CUUAAAGCUACCAAAAAGACAGCAUUCAAAUGAAAAACAAUGGGAAAUUAAUUGUAAAGAAUGUGUUAAUCUUUCCGUCUUUAUAAAGCAAACCCACUACCAUUAUCAUAACUUUCCUCCCUUUCAAACCGUCUUUUUCCCUAUUAAGUUUUGCAUCCCCAUCUCUUCGCCACCAAGAAAUUUAGCACUCUGAUUCUAUUACAUAAUAGACAUGAACAUCACUUUCUUGACAAUUUUACAACUCACAAAAAACUCUCAGUUUUUCAAACUCCCACUUUGAGAGAGAAACUAAGAGAGGAGAAUAAACAAAGAAAGAAAGAUGAGUGCAGAUUGGGGACCUGUUAUUGUCUCUGUGGUUUUGUUCAUCCUUUUGUCACCGGGGCUUCUCUUCCAGCUGCCGGCCAGAACCAGGAUUAUAGAGUUCGGAAACAUGUACACCAGUGGAAUCGCCAUCCUCGUUCAUGCGGUUUUAUACUUCUGCAUAAUCACUAUCUUGAUAAUUGCAGUUGGCAUUCACAUACAUUUUAAUUGACCAAAGUUCUUUUUUUCGUUUUUGAAUGAAGUUGGGGCUUCUAACUCUGCCGGCUUUGUCUAUUCUAAUUUUAUUUUUUCUUUUCAUGAGCUUCGUGUUACUUAUGGUUGAGUGGCGUCUGUGCAUUUUGUUUCAACAUGGAAAGAAGUGUAUAAUAAUGAAAUCUUUUCACUAUGUUUGUCAA